GGCUGUUCGAGAGCUGUCUCUGCUGGUGGGGCCUCUUCAGAUCUUUCCGCGCGACUACCCGGGUCUUCAACCUUAAAUCCCCGCUUCUUUGCCUUUGCUUUUUCCUUGGCCAGGCUGGUCUCACUCGCCGGCUUCCUUCCUUUUCUCUCUUCUUAGCUCUCGUCUCAUCUCUCAGGAAGAGGGAGGGGGAGAGAGAGAGAGAGAGAGAGAGAGUUUGCUAAUGGAGGCAAUGCCGUGUUGGCAGUUCCUAGUACUGCCUGCCAUUGUCUGUUGGCUCUUCAUCUCCACGUCUCUGUCCCUCACCCCCAAGCUCAGAUCCCUCAUCCAACCUUGGGUAACCCGCCGAGUACAUGGCGACAUUCCCAUCAUCCUUCUAAUCCAGAGGUACCAGAAUGGUUUUCUCGAUACUUUCUUCACUGGGCUGUCCUUUAUUGUGUCUGUUCCCUUCUACACUGCUUUCCUACCUUUGGUCUUCUGGAGUGGACAUAGCAAAUUGGGCAGGCAAAUGACCCUUCUGCUGGCUUUCUGCGACUACGUCGGCAAUUCUUUGAAGGAUUUGGUGUCAGCUCCAAGACCCACUUCUCCGGCCAUCAGGAAAAUUAUUUCCACCAAGGAUGAGAAAGAGAAUGCUUUGGAGUACGGGUUGCCUUCUUCUCAUGCUCUCAACACUGUCUGCCUUUCCGGUUAUAUGGCGUACUAUGCUCUUUCCGACAACAAUGAAGCUGGUGUUUCCUUCAAGCUUUUGGUUGUUCUUCUGGUGCUCGUGUUGGUUGGGUUGAUUGGCGUUGGGAGAAUUUAUCUUGGGAUGCACAGCUUGAUUGAUGUUAGUGGUGGAGUUUUUCUUGGUGUUGCAAUACUCGGGCUUUGGCUUUCCGUCCACGGGGUGCUUGAUGCUUUCAUUGUGUCAGGACAUCAUGUUGCAGCCUUUUGGAGCGGCCUUGCAUUUUUGCUGCUCUUUGCUUAUCCAGAGCCCGAGUAUCCAACACCAAGCUUUGAGUUCCACACAAGUUUUAAUGGAGUUGCUUUGGGCAUUGUAUGUGGGGUCCAGCAGACAUACCAUGAAUUUCAUCAUGAAGGUGUCCCACGCAUCUUUACUCAGCACCUGGGUCUCAUGACAUUUCUGGAAAGAAUACUCGUUGGCCUUCCCACCAUUCUGUUCGUCAAGUUCUGCAGCAAAGCUUUAGCUAAAUGGUUGCUGCCAAUAUUAUGCACGAUACUGGGCAUCCCAGUGAAGUCAUCCUACUAUAUUCCCUUGUUGAAAACCAACUGCAAAACCAAAUCCGAUGGCGAUAACAUGCCGUCAUCAGUGGGCUAUUUUGAAAGAUUCUUCUGGUACUUCCAGCCCCAGCAUGGAUGCUUUGAUGUUGAUACUGGAAUACGGUUUCUUCAGUAUGCAGGCCUUGCAUGGUCAGUUGUGGAUCUUGUGCCUUCACUUUUCUCCCUCCUCAAGUUGUAACUUAGUAAACUUUGCGAUUGGAGGGUAUUCCACUUGCCGGGCCUGGAACUACACGGCAAAUCCUUCAUGUCCUGACAUCGGCCAAAACUGAAGAAACAUCGUCGGUUCGCUUAUCUUUUAUAUUAUAACAACUUGGCUCAUCUCACUAGGCAAGAUCCUGGUUCAAGCGUUGUAGCAGAAAGGUUGAGUAACCAAUGGAAUCAGAACUUGGGUAUGAUUCUGCCCGGUGCA